CAAAGGAAGCAUGAGAUGGGGGAGCACCCCAGCUCUCUUAAUAGACGGCCCACCCAUUCCCGCAACCACAGCCUCCCUGCAGAAGGAAGAGCCUCGGACCCAGGCCAGGAGGGAGAAGGAGAGAGACAUGGCCACUCGGCUGGCGAUUCUGCUCCUUCUGGGCUGCGAUUCUGCUCUGUCUGUCUCCUACAGGGCUUUGUCUGGACCCGAAGAAGGAGGCAGAAGCAGCCACGUGUGAGUGAGCCCAUAGGAUCCCAGGGGAGCCAGGAAACGGAUACAGACACAACUCCUCGCCUCUGGAUUGAGUCCAAAUCCCUAUCCACGCCCUGGGCCAAUGUGGCCCUCCAGUGCCUGGUGACUAACACUGUGGCGAUGAAAUUCCAGCUGCUGAAAGAUGGGGAAGUCGUCUCUACUCUUCCUGCCCUUGCCCCCUAUGCCAAGUUCCCCCUGGGGCCAGUGACAGCGGACAGCAGGGGCGUUUACCGGUGCAAGAUCAAAAUGUCAGAAAACUGGAGUUUAGUGAGUGACCCAGUGGAGGUGACAGGGACAGAACCCCUCCCUGCACCCUCCUUCUGGGCUGAGCCUGGACCUUGGAUCCUUCAUGGCCUGGAAACGAAGCUACACUGCCAAGGGGUGCUGCUGGGUAUGACCUUUGACCUGCACAAGGAAGGCGAGCCAGAGCCCGUGGACAGCUCCCACGCCCCAGAACCAAAAGCCACCUUCAUCAUUAAGAGCCCUGGGAAUUAUACCUGCCACUACCGACCCCCCACGGUGGCCCCCAGGGAGGCGUCAGCUCCUAGUGAGACCCUGCAUGUUGUGAGACCAGACUCCCUUCCGAAGCCCUCUCUCAGACCUCUGGACAACGUAGUCAUCAGGCCUGGAGGCUCUGUGACCCUCCGCUGCAGGACAAAGUUCUCAGGGCUGCAUUUCAAGCUGUUCAAAGAUGGAGAGGAGGUGUCUGUCCCCAUGUUAUCUUCAUCAGACCCCAAGACGAUUAACUUCCACCUGCAGGAUCUGGAACCUGGGGCCGGAGGCAAGUACAGCUGCCGCUACCAGUUUAGGCAUGGGUCACCGAUCUGGUCAGAAGAUAGCGAGUCCCUGGAGCUUGUCCUGAGCACAGGAACACUAGCCAAACCUUCCCUCUCGGUCCAGCCCCAGGAUGCUGUGAUCUCUCGAGGGACCAAUGUGACACUGCAAUGCCAGGGGGCACAUCCCAACAUGAGGUUUGCCCUGCUGAAACAAGGCCACCUCCAGCCUGUGCAGAUCCUGAGCCCCGCCGGAUCCCGUGCUGACUUUGUCCUCCCUGAUGCCAUAGCUUCCGACUCGGGCAAUUACAGCUGCAUUUACUUUGAGCCGGUGGCCCCCUUUGCCGGGUCCCCGAGGAGUGACGAUGUGCAGCUUCAUGUGGAUGGCCUCCUGCCCAAGCCCAAGCUGUACCCCUUGAGCGCCGUGGUGACCCCUGGGAAGGAUGCAGUCCUGCGCUGCUCGGGCCGGGUCCCUGCUUCACGUUUUCACCUCUUCAGGGAGGGGGAACACACAGAGCUGAACGCCAACACUCAGUUUGUCGAUGACCACACCGUGGACUUCCUCUUGAAGAAUUCCAAGCCCCAGGACACGGGACUUUACAGAUGCCGCUACCACACGUGGACGGAACCCAGAUUAACUUCGGAGAUCAGCGACCCUGCAGAGAUCUCGGUGACAGGAAAACUCCUAUGAAAACUAGAACCACAUGAACAAGUGAAUUAUCAUCACUGGAAGCUAAGGUCUCCAGAGAACAGGACUGUCUGAGGUCACCCAGUUUCUCAAGUGGAAUGACUCAAAGAAGAGCUUUGUUACACCCAUAUAAAUCCACCUUGGAUUGUGAAAACAAAAGUAAUUUGCGGGGGCAGCUAGGUGUUGAAGUGGAUAAAGCACCAGCCCUGGAGUCAGGAGGACCUGAGUUAAAUCUGGCCUCGGACACUUGACACUUACUAGCUGUGUGACCCUGGGCAAGUCACUUAACCCCAAUUGCCUCACUAAAAAACAAACACACAAAUAAAAGUAAUUUGCUGUUUAUAGGCA